AUGUCAGCCAGGGAGACAGCCCGGCAUGGAUCUGCAGAGGAGACGUUGGACAUCCUGCAUGAGAUCUCGCAGCUCUUGAACACGCAGCUAGACAAGGCAACCCUGGCUACAUGCGUGAACAUGAUUGAGAAUGGCGUUAAUCCAGAGGCGUUGGCUGCUGUAAUACAAGAACUCAGAAGGGAGAGCGCCUCCAUCACCUCACCCGCCAACGGGAGAUGA